AUGGUUAGCGGAAAUGAAUUGAAAGACGAAUCGGAUCUUCUAAUCGAAGGCUGCAACGACGAUGAUGUCAAUUCGUCUGCAGAACUGGUUCUAAUUGAGCCAAAAAAGUUUGAAUCGUCAUCAGCUAAGUUGCUGUUGCCGGUAGAUGAAGAGUUCGAAGAGUGGAGGGCGGUAAGGAGCAAGAUCGUUGUAAAAAGGAACGAAGUCGGUCGUGCGAGAUCUGUCGCUUUCAAUGUUGAACUGUUGGAAGUGGACAUGCUGAAUAGACCACAGUCAAGCUUAUCCAUGGACCAACAAGCGAGUAGGCCGCGAAUGCUGGCAAGCAGGUUGCCGGAGCUGUCCACAUUCACCAAAGAGGAGAUCGAGAGAAAAUUAUCGCAAGCAGUGGAGAGAAGAGAUGCUCUAUUGAGAGACCGGUCAGAAAGGAUACGAGAAAGAUCUGCCCUUUCAAAGGAGAUGUUGGGACGACUCGAAGCCGAGAAACAACGCUUGUUAAAGGAAAAAAUUGAUGAGAAGGAGCAAAAAGCAGCAGACAAGAAAGAGAGACUGAAGAGGAGAAAGGAAAGAAAUGCUGCUAGACAAACCAGACGCACAGAGAGGGCGAAGGCAAACGCAGCAGAGAAAGAAAAGCAAGUUUGUUUGAAUGCAGAGGAAGCACUAAAAGAAAAAAUACGGGCUGCUGAGGGAAAAAAGGCAGAGAUGAUGCUGGAGCGAGAGAGCAAACGAAAUAUUCACAGGUUCAAGCGGAUCCGAGCAGAAUUGAUAAAGAUGAACGGAAAUGUAACAAAAGACAGAUCAACAUUAGAGGAUAGAAAUGAAAAUAUUCCUGGCCAGGAUAUGAGACAGGAGGCUAUGAGGUCCAAAGCAGCGUUAGACAAGGUCUACGCAUUGCUUGAACAGUCUUCUGAAGAAGAGGUUAAGCUAGAGACUUUUGAUGGCGAUUCAAAUAAUGUUUUCGCGUAG